AUGGCGUACCCUUUUUCUUAUAUUCUUGGUCGCUAUGCCUUGCAAUCCCAUGCCACCAAUGAUGAGCCUUCCCACGAUGAUCCUGACUUGAUUCGCGAGAAUUUCAUAGUCCUUAUGUGGAUAUAUGUCGCUAUCUCCAAAGAGCUCCUCGAUCUUGUGCUUAAACAAUCCGUCACGGCUUAUGGUGUUUGGCUCCACCUCCAGUCUAUUUUCUUCGGCAAUAAACCCAAUCGCGUCAUCCACCUUGAAGCCGAACACUACGGUCUUCGCCAAGGCGAUCUAUCUGUUGCUGCAUACUGCCAUAAGCUUCAGUCACUUGCCACCACCCUCGCAGACUGUGACCAACCUAUGUUUGAUCGUGCUCUUGUCCAUCAACUUAUUCGAUGGCUCAAUUCGAAAUUUCAAGUUCUUCUACAGAUGUUGCCUACAUUGCCUACCUUCCCCACCUUCCAGCAGACGCGUGACCACCUCAUAAUCGAAGAUCUAUCCCAGGCCCGAUCCUCUCCUACAACCACUUAUUCCGCUCUAGUUGCUAAUUGUGGCAAUCAGGGUUCGUUUGAGUCUUCUACUCCGUGCCUAGACCGGUUAGGUUCGUCAUCUGAUCUUGGCCAUGGUGGCUGCGGAUUUUGGGGCCAUGGUCGCGGAGUCCGCAACAACGCUAAUGGGCCAUCUUCUACUGGUGGUCGUGGCCAGCAGCCACCUCAGUUGCCCUACUUCUUCAACGGCUACACGUUAUGGGGUCCUCCACCCAGCGCGUAUUGGAGAGCACCCUGGACAGGAUCUACUGGGCUUGGUCUUCUCGGGGCUCAUCCUCCAGUACAGGCCCCAGCUCAAGCGUUCAACGCCUAUCAGUCCCAACCUAUGCCUCCACUAGAUGCGGCGCCGUCUUGGGAUGCCAUCGGGCUAGUUCGGGCAUUGCAGGCUGCAUCUUUCGGCCAGCCAUCACAUGUCGGGGAGUGGUUCAUGAACACGGGUGCCAGCUCGCAUAUUCCAAGCGAUUCUGUCCGCAAGUUUACAGCUGAUAAUUCUUGCACCAUUGAAUUUGACAAGUAUGGUUUCUCUGUGAAGGAUCUAGUCACGAAGCAGGUCCUUCUGAGGUGCAAUAGUGAGCAUGGCCUUUAUCCACUACUACCCGGCGCCAAGCAUUCUCCUCCGGUGGUAUUUACAGCUCUCUCCACUUCUGUAGAUCUAUAG